AUGACAAUGACAAAGCCAACAACCUCCCCCCAAGACCCCCCUCCAAAACCCACGGUAGCCCGGUGGUACAUCGACACGCGGCGCCUCACAGCCACGACGACCAGCCUCCCGCUGCUCGAAACGCUCCAACCGACCGAGCGCGACGCCGUCCAGAAAUUCUACCACCUGAAAGACAAGCACAUGUCGCUGGCCUCCAACCUGCUCAAAUACCUCUACAUCCACCGCGCGGGCCGCAUCCCCUGGGCGCAAAUCCACCUCAGCCGCACCCCGGCCCCGCACAAACGGCCCUGCUUCAUCCCCUCCCCGCAGCUGCUGGAAUCGCAUCCCGAGCCCAUCCCACCGAUUGAGUUCAACGUCAGUCACCAGAACUCGCUCGUCGUGUUGGCGGGGACUACCACGUCCCCAACAUCAACACCAACACCAACACCACCACCAUCAUCAUCAUCAUUGUUGUCACACUCUCCCAACCCAACCCUCCCAACCUCAACCUCCCCCUCACCCCCCACCCCAAUCCUAACGACCCCCCAACUCGGCAUCGACAUAACCUGCACCAACGAACGCCACGGCACGCGGGGCCCCGAACCACGCACCCGCACGUCCUUCGAAUCGUACAUCUCCAUCUUCACGGAAGUGUUCUCGGCGACGGAGCUGCACGAAAUCUCUUCGCUGACACACCCGACGCGGAAAUGGGCGCUGACGUCCGCCGCCGGCGUCGAAUACAGCUACCGGGUGUUCUUCACGUACUGGGCGCUCAAGGAAGCGUAUAUCAAGAUGACGGGGGAGGCGCUGCUGGCCCCGUGGCUGCGCGAGCUGGAGUUCUCGGAUGUGGUGGCCCCGGAUGUCGGGGAGGGGCCGUAUCGCGGGACGAGGGUGUGGUUGAGGGGGACGGAGGUGGAGGGCGUGAGGGUGGAGGUGGUGGCAUUUGAGGGGGAUUAUCUGGUGGCGACGGCGGCGAGGGGCGGGGGCGUGGGGGAGCAGGCUGUGGAUGGGGAGGGGGAUGUGUGGGAGGAGUUGGUGAGGGUGGAUUUGGAGAGCGAUGUUAGGCCUUGUACUGCUGGGACUUGUCGGUGUUUGGUCUCGGGGUAG